CUGAGCUCGGCUGUGGGAGCGAAGUGCGGUUGAUCACAGAGUCGGCUUGGUGGUGUGCGAGGGGCUGGUGUCCCAGGCUGGGAGGAGUGGUCGGCCAUGAGUCAGAGACACAGUGAGGAGACUGUGAGAGUUCAUUGCAUGAAGCUAUGAAGAUGAAGCCUGUGUUGUAUUUUGAGACCAUUGGAUGUUGUUGAGAGACCCAAAUUAUAAGACAUCUGCCAUGGACCCCUGCAUACAGAAUGCAGUGACCUAUGAUGAUGUGCAUAUAGAUUUCACUUGGGAAGAGUGGACUUUGCUAGAUCCCUCCCAGAGGAAUCUCUACAAAGAUGUAAUGGUGGAGACUUACAGUAACCUCACUGCUGUAGGCUACAGUUGGGAAGACCAUAAUAUGGAAGAACAUUGUCAAAGUUCUAGAAGACAUAGAAGGUACAAAAGAAGUAAUACUGGAGAAAAGCCCUGUGAAUAUACUCAAUGUGUUAAGUCUGUUGCAUAUCACAGUAGUCUCCAAAUACACAAAGGAACACAUACUGGAGAAAAACCUUAUGAAUGUAAUCAGUGUGGUAAAGCCUUUGCAUUUCAUAGUCUUCUUCAAAUACAUAGGAGAAAACAUGCUGGAGAGACACCCUACAAAUGUAAUCAAUGGAUUAAAGCCUUUUCACAACACAGUUAUUUACAAAUACAUGAAAGAACACAUACUGGAGAAAAACCCCAUGAAUGUAAUCAGUUUGGUAAAGCCUUUGCAUAUAAGAAUAUUUUUCAAUGGCAUGAAGUAUUUCAUAUUGAAGCAAAACCCUGUGAAGGUAUUCAAUAUGGUGAAGCUUUUGCACAUCACAGUAAUCUCAAAAUAUGUAAAGGAACACAUACUGGAAAGAAACCCUAUGAAUGUAACCAAUUUAGUAAAGCCUUCGCACACAGUCAUAGUCAUCUUCAAACACAUAGUGGAGAGAAACUUUAUGAAUGUAAUCAAUGUGGUAAAACCUUUGCGAGAGGCGGUCAUCUUCAAAUACAUAAAAGAACACAUACUAGAGAGAAACCUUAUGAAUGUGAUCAAUGUGGUAAAACCUUUGUACAUCACACUCAUCUUCAAAUACAUAAAAGAACACAUACUGGAGAGAAACCUUAUGAAUGUAAUCAAUGCGGUAAAACCUUUGCAUAUCAAAAUAUUCUUCGAAGGCAUGAAAGAAUUCAUACUGAAGUGAAACCACAUGAAGGUAUUCAAUAUUGUGAAGCUUUUGCUCAUCACAGUCAUCUCAGAAUACAUAAAGGAACAUCUACUACAAAGAAACCCUAUGAAUGUAAUCAAUGUGGUAAAGCCUUUGCACGUCAUAGCCAUCUUCAAACACAUGAAAGAUCACAUACUGGAGAGAAACCUUAUAAAUGUAAUCAAUGUGGUAAAACCUUUGCAAGUGACAAUCAUCUUCGAAUACAUAACAGAACACAUACUGGAGAAAAACCUUAUGAAUGUGAUCAGUGUGGUAAAACCUUUGCACGUCAUAGUCAUCUUCAAAUACAUAAAAGAACACACACUGGAGAGAAACCCUACAAAUGUAAUCAGUGUGAUAAAUCCUAUUCACAACCCAGUUAUCUCCAAAUACAUGAAAGAACACAUACUGGAGAGAAACCUUAUAAAUGCAUUGAAUGUGGUAAAGCCUUUGUAAGUCAGCGUAGACUCCAAAUACAUAAAAGAAUGCAUACUGGUGAGAAACCCUAUGAAUGUAAGCAGUGUGAUAAAGCCUUUGCCUUUCACAGUAAUUUUCAAAGGCAUAAGAGAAUACAUACUAGAGAAAAAUCCUAUGAAUGUAAUCAAUGUGGUAAAGCCUUUGUACAUUGCAGUAGUCUCCAAAUACAUAAAAGAACACACAGUGGUGAGAAACCCUAUGAAUGUAAUCAAUGCGGUAAGGCCUUUGCAUGUCAUAGUCAUCUUCGAAUACAUAAAAGAACACAUACUGGAGAGAAACCUUAUGAAUGUAAAUAUUGUGGGAAAGCCUUUGUAAGUCAUAGUAAUCUUCAGAGACAUGAAAGAGUUCAUUCUGGAGAGGAAACAUGAAGGUAUGUAACAUGAUAAAGCUUUUCCACAUUUCUAUUGUUUUCAGCAUCAUGAAAUAAUUCUUAUUGGAGAUAAACUCUGAACAUUAACAAUGUGGUAAAGUCUUUGCAUAUCAUAGUUAUCUCUGAAGGCAUAAAAUAAGACAUACUAGGGGUUGGGGAUUUAGCUCAGUGGUAGAGCGCUUGCCUAGCAAG